CUCCGCCCACGCCCAGCGUCCAAAGGGGGCGGGGCUUAUUUACAGCCAACCACAUCUCCUCUUUGAGAUGUUGUCAUUCGUUCCGUAGUCCAAUCAAGACGCUCUCUCCCAGCAAGGGUGUGUCGGCGGCCACCAUCGCAUUAGCCUCAAUGAAAACAUAUCGCGCUUAGCUUUGAGGCUAGCAACAGCUUUCUGCCCAAUCCCCCCGGACAGCGCGACCCCCGUUGAGGCUCACCUGCACCAGCGCAUGACCUGGGAUGUCUGCGGCCGACUGGUACGCUCACAAAUCGCUCGGAGACGGACUCUUCUGGAUCCAGGAGAGGUUUUACCAGUCGGACAACCGGGCCAACAUCUGGCUGCUCCGCGGCACACACCAGGACGUGGUCAUCGACACGGGUCUGGGUCUGAGGAGCCUACCUGAUUACAUCGACUCCAAGGGGCUGCUGGGAAAAGACCCGCAGAGGAAGAACCCGCUGCUGGCCAUCGCCACCCACGCCCACUUCGACCACUCCGGGGGUCUGCAUCAGUUCCAACAGGUGGGCGUCCACAGCGCAGAGGUCGAUGCCCUGGCCAACGGAGACAACUUCGAGACGGUCACCUGGCUCAGCGACAGGGAGAUAGUCGAGGCUCCCAGCCCAGGAUGGAGGGCGAGGAACUACAAAGUCAAGGCUGUGCAGCCCACGCACAUCCUGCAGGAGGGUGAUGUCAUUAACUUGGGUGACAGACAGUUGACAGUGCUACACAUGCCUGGUCACUCCCGAGGAAGCAUUUGCCUCCACGACCGUGACAACAAGUUGCUCUUCAGCGGCGAUGUGGUGUACGAUGGUGCCAUGAUAGACUGGCUGCCUUACAGCCGGGUCAGCGAUUACAUCAGCAGCUGUGAACGUCUGGUGGGGCUGGUGGACAGCGAACAGGUUGACCAAGUACUUCCCGGGCACUACAACACUUUCGGUGCAAAGCGGCUCAACCGGAUUGCCACCUCGUACGUGGCCAGAGCUGGGACAUGCCCUGCAAAGGUCUCCACGCUUGCCUGGAGAACACUGGCCGGCAUGGCGCUGCGGGCCUCCAACCCUCGAUGUGCCUGGUAGUAAGAGUGGAUCACUGAGUGGGGAAAAAGCACAAGAGAUGUUUGAACACUGAAGACCUAAAUAACGGAGGGGGUGGGUGUGACGUAAUGCUGUUCAUUCACUUAUGUAACUCAACAAAACUCUCAAAUUUGCCAAACUUGUUGUAAAAUUCCUGCUGGGUUACAGAAGUCAAUAAUCAGCUUCAAAUGAAGCAUUCAAUAUAUAAAGUAUUUAGAGGUGUUAUUAUUUAUUGAUCAAUACAUGUAUGUAUGUACGUCUCGGUAUAAUAUUAGAUGUAUGGUUUUAUACUUUAUGCAGAUGUGAAGUUAUAAUAGCACAAGAAUGGUACAACUGUGCUCUACAAACAGAACAAGGAGCUUUGGGUUAAAACCAGUCAGUAUGGCCAUAGCUUUUUCUCUAUGCACAUUACAACACUCAGUGAAGACCCAGUGUUGACUACCUCCUACGUUUGUAAAAGUGCUUUGUACUAUUGACUAAUCUACGGCUUUGCUAUAAAAACACUGACAAUAAAAUAUCCGUUAUGCCUGCCUAUAUGAUCCCUUUCCAGCACUGCGUUUGUGGGCCUCUAUAAUGGGAUUUUCUUUUUUAUACAGGAGAAAAAUAAGCGGAGAGCAGUGUGUGACUGAUUACAAGUUUGAAGUCUGGCGUACUAAAGGCCAUUCCUGAGCUGUUGGAAAGCUCUGACAUUGCUUGUGAAAGUGUUUGUGGUAAUCCAGGUGGGAUGGGAGAAGGGAGGAUUUGAUUCAAAUUUGACUAAUUAGAAUGAAGACACGGGGAGUUUCAACCCCUUUCUCUGAGUUAAAGCUUCAAAGUCUUGUCUUCCAAAUUCUUCUAAGAGUUACAGCGUAAUUUGAUCUGCAGUCUUCUUGAAAUACAUUAAACUUAGCAAUGACAGAUUUUUUUUAUUCAAUAAAACUUUUACAGAAAAUAUUCAGAGCAGAUAGUAUUUCUUGUAGAACGGACAAAUACAGAUGUGGAAGAAACAAGCAAACUGUAGGUUUAUAAAACAUUUAUUAUAAUUAUUCAUGUCAUAUUAUUAAAACAUGAGACUCCCACAUUUCUUAAUUUAUGUUUGCCUUUUUAUAGUGUACAUGCAGAACUCAAUGCCUGCUAACAAGGGUGACUCGCAUACUUAUAACAUUCAAUGUUAUUUAUUCCUAACGGUUAAAGAUCUGCAUGUUGUGUGUUAAUAUUAUGCUAAUCACGGUUCAAUGCAGCUGUGUUUAAAAAAAAAUCAAUCAUGUAACAAAAGAGAAAGAUGUUUAUCUGUUAACUUAUAAAAAUUGACUUACAGUAAAGAAGGCUGUUUUUUUAAAGCGUGAGACGACUCUUAGUAAAAAUGAAUUUUCAUUCCCAGGAUGGUAACGUCUUCAAAGUCCACAAUAAACAACAGAAACAGGAAACAAGGCUUCAAUGCUUUAAACAAGGGACACUGUUAAUGUCUGAUUUGCUUCUUGUAUUAAAGAGGUUACUGCUGUGAGAUUUCCAACAUGGCAACUGUAGCAAAAGUAAGGAAAAAAAGGUGGCAAUGAAAACAAUCAUUAAACCGGUGGUUGACAAGAGUUUUGUGUAUGCGGCUUCAUUUAAAUUUUCAAUGAUACACCCAACAAAAAGAAUUUCAUUAUUUCUUUUAUGGUAUGGUCGUGAAAAAUGUUGUGCAUUCAUCAGUAUUCACAUAAGUAGGAGUCAUUAUACAAUGAAAGCCCACAAUACAGCAGUGAGUAGCAGAAUUUUUAAGUAUGGCUUACAUUUUUAAUACUAGUUAAGCUUUGGUUAAAACAUCUUUUGUAUGCAAGGGUUUAAUUUUUUUGUUCUGAUGGCCAUCAGUGAUGAGAACAUGAGGAUGUGAAGGUAAGUCACAUGAGCUUAUUACAGAAAUCAGUCUUUAAGCCGAAAAUCUAAUUCACGUGACCAACCCGACGGCAAAUAACACGCCGCAAACGCAAAAGAGAACACACCACAUGUUCCUGAUGGCUGUUUGUUUGUUUGCUUGGUGUAUAAGAGCCCUAAAGACCAAAGAACAGGUUUUUACCCGGAUGAGAUCACAGUUAUAGCAGUACAGUAAAUAUGGAUGCUUGCAUUAAGUUGAGCUUUCACCAGAUAUAAAAUUACUCAAGUUCAACAUUUCAAUUGUAAUUUAAGUCAUGCAUAAAAACUAAAUGGUGCAUAGUUGUUCAGGGGGCUCACAUAGGCCGUGUGCUGACCAGCACACAGAGGCAGGUGUAACAGUAAUGAACACCAGUCCUUCCCUCUGCGUGUCACAGUUGUUUGUUUUUUUUGCAUUUGACUUUUGGCUGACUAUGCCAUAUGCUUUUUUUUUUUUUUUUAGCUUCAUGCCAGUGAUCUCAAUGUAUCAACAUCGCAAAUUUGAAUUACACAGUAUGCACUCCAAACAGAAUUGGUGAACUGAAAGGGAUGACAGCAUAGUAACGUGUGGCCGGGAUGAUAGAUGCACGGAGCAAAACGAAAGCUUUUCCAGUUUCAAAGUUAGAUUUCAGAGAAAAACAUUUAUAUAGUAUAUCACUGUAUGUAUCCACGCCUGUCCUUAGCUUUUUUUUUUAAACUUUACUUUCUCCCAAGCAGCAGAACCAUCAUCUCUGAGGACGAGGAGAGCUCCUCCCAUUUUCAAACUGUGGACACCCACCAACUCCAGCAGUGAUCAUCUCCAGUCUUUUGUGUUGAGAGGGCAUUCCCGUUUGGCCCGGGGGGGGGGGCCUUGUUAAUUCAUUCUUCGUCAAAGGACAAGUUUGAGUCAUCUUCCUCAGCGAUGUGCACAUGGCUGAGCAGUUUGAGCCUGAGUUUAGUUCAGUUAAGCCAGUUAAACCACAACCGAGGCCUUUACGCAAACGUAAAAACGUCUGUGCGGGAACAAAAUUCACACCUGACUUUGAAGCCAGUUACGGGGAUCCAGUCUGGCUCGGAGGUUCCUAAGGCUGCGUCGGGCCGGGGACGGCCUGGAGAAGGGGGCUCCCUCGGACGACUCCGGGCUGUGGCUGCCCUCGCUGUUGCUGGAGCUGUUGCUGGACGUGGAGCUGGAGCAGGAGAGGGUGGUCUGCGUGCUGUGCUGCGACCGGGAGGAGACGGGGAGGGGGGUGAGCAGGGACGAGGGAGGAGGCUGGCAGGAGCACUGGAACAU